AGGCCGUCCGAGACACUGGCAAGCCGCAGAAGCCCAGUUCGCCGGCCAUGAAGCAGCGAUUGCUGGCGCUGCAGCUGCUGAAGCUGCUGCUACUGCUGCCGCUGCCGCCGCUGCCACGAGCGCUGCGCGAGGCGCGCUGCUGCCCCGAGCCCUGCAACUGCACGCCCGACGGCGCCCUGCGCUGCCCCGGCCCCGGGGCCGCUCUCACUCGACUAUCACUCGCCCACCUCCCUGUCAAAGUGAUCCCAUCUCAAGCUUUCAGAGGACUUAAUGAGGUCAUAAAAAUUGAAAUCUCUCAGAGUGAUUCCCUGGAAAGGAUAGAAGCUAAUGCCUUUGACAACCUCCUCAAUUUGUCUGAAAUACUGAUCCAGAACACCAAAAAUCUGAUACACAUUGAGCCGGGAGCAUUUACAAAUCUUCCCCGAUUAAAAUACUUAAGCAUCUGUAACACAGGCAUCAGAAAGUUUCCAGAUGUUACGAAGAUCUUCUCCUCUGAAAUUAAUUUCAUUCUGGAAAUUUGUGAUAACUUACACAUAACCACCAUACCAGGAAAUGCUUUUCAAGGGAUGAAUAAUGAAUCCAUAACACUCAAACUAUAUGGAAAUGGAUUUGAAGAAGUACAAAGUCAUGCGUUCAAUGGUACAACAGUGAUUUCACUGGUACUAAAGGAAAAUGUACAUCUGGAGAGGAUACACAAUGGAGCCUUCCGUGGGGCCACGGGGCCCAGCAUCUUGGAUAUUUCUUCCACCAAAUUGCAGGCCCUGCCGAGCCAUGGCCUAGAGUCCAUUCAGACGCUAAUUGCCACGUCAUCCUAUUCUCUAAAAAAAUUGCCAUCGAGAGAAAAAUUUGCCAAUCUCCUGGAUGCCACGCUGACUUACCCCAGCCACUGCUGUGCUUUUAGAAAUGUGCCAACAAAAGAUUAUCCUGCCAUAUUUGCCGAGAGUGAACCGAGUGGCUGGGACUAUGAUUACAGCUUCCACUUACCCAAGACACCCCGAUGUGCUCCUGAACCAGAUGCUUUUAAUCCCUGUGAAGAUAUUAUGGGCUACGACUUCCUUAGAGUCCUGAUUUGGCUGAUUAAUAUUCUAGCCAUCAUGGGAAACAUGACUGUCCUUUUUGUUCUCCUGACAAGUCAUUACAAACUUACAGUGCCUCGUUUUCUCAUGUGCAAUCUCUCCUUUGCAGACUUUUGCAUGGGGCUCUAUCUGCUGCUCAUAGCCUCAGUUGAUUCCCAAACCAAAGGCCAGUACUAUAACCAUGCCAUAGAUUGGCAGACAGGGAGUGGGUGCAGCACUGCUGGCUUUUUCACUGUAUUCGCAAGUGAACUUUCUGUCUACACUCUCACCGUCAUCACUCUAGAAAGAUGGCACACCAUCACUUAUGCUAUUCACCUGGACCAAAAGCUGCGAUUAAGACAUGCCAUUCUGAUUAUGCUUGGAGGAUGGCUCUUUUCUUUUCUAAUUGCUAUAUUGCCCCUUGUGGGUGUCAGCAAUUACAUGAAGGUCAGUAUUUGCUUCCCCAUGGAUGUGGAAACUACUCUCUCACAAGUCUAUAUAUUAACCAUCCUGAUCCUCAAUGUGGUGGCCUUCAUCAUAAUUUGUGCUUGCUACAUUAAAAUUUAUUUUGCAGUUCGAAACCCAGAAUUAAUGGCUACCAACAAAGAUACAAAGAUUGCUAAGAAGAUGGCAAUCCUCAUCUUCACCGAUUUCACCUGCAUGGCACCUAUCUCUUUUUUUGCCAUCUCAGCUGCCUUCAAAAUGCCUCUUAUCACAGUAACCAACUCUAAAGUUUUACUGGUUCUUUUUUAUCCCAUCAAUUCUUGUGCCAAUCCAUUUCUGUAUGCAAUAUUCACUAAGACAUUCCGAAGAGAUUUCUUUCUGUUGCUAGGCAAAUUUGGCUGCUGUAAACAUCGGGCUGAACUUUACAGAAGAAAGGAUUUUUCAGCGUGUACCUCCAACUACAAAAAUGGCGUCACUGGAUCAAAUAAGCCUUCUCAGUCCACCUUGAGGGUGUCCGCAUUGCACUGUCAAAGUACAGCUCUCCUAGACAAGACUUGCUACAAAGAAUAUUAACUGUUACAUCAGUAACUGCAUUAUUGAAUUGUUCUUAAACCUGUAAAAAAAAAAUACCUGUACCAGUAAUUUUAACAUAGAGUUGGAUUUAGAAAUGUAUUUAUUUGUAGAUACACUGGGCAAGAGACCUCUACCUAGCAGAAAGUGUAGUCUAUGACCACUGCCAUUCUAAAAACUAUCUGUCACUGGUACAUGAUGACAUAAAUACCGAAGUUAGAAAUUUUUAUAGAAAUUUUGACAAAGUAAUUUUGUUUGAUGAAUCUAAUAUUUUUAAAAAUUGAGGUGGUAUUUUGCAUAUUUUUUUUCAUUUUUGUAAUCUGUAUUACAUUCUAUAAAAAUGUUAGUUCAUAAGAGAUCAGAAAUUUAAAAUAGCUGGCCUUUUUCCUCAGGUAGCUUGAAAAACACACUCUAGAGAUGUACUGUCCGAUAUGGUAGCCACUAGCCACGUGUGGCUAAAUUAGAAUUAAAUAAAAUGAAAAAUGUAGUUUCUCAGUUGCACUAGCCACAUUUCAAGUUCUCAAUAGCUACAUGUGACUAGUGGUUAUCACACUGGACAGCACAGACACAGAAUAUUUUUGUCACCACAGAAAGUUCUAUUUGUGCUAUUAUGCAGACUUUUAUCUAUCCCUUGUCUGGAUUCUACUUAUUUAUAAUUUAAGGCAAACAUCUAAAGCACAUUUCAGCCUAUUUGCUUACUGAAACAUUAAGCUGUAGACUGUGAACUCCUCAUGAGUAGGAAUCCUGUCUCAGUCCAUUUUGUUUUCCUGCUUCCUACCUCAAGAUCUUGGCAAUGGUAUACUACAAACGUGCUGAAUUACAAUUACUCUGAAGUUAUGAAACAUAUAAUGAAAACAAUUUUUUCUAGAGCUUAUAUUUUUAUUUGAAUAAAAAAAUGUCUAAAUAUUUAAAAAUAA